AUGGCAUUGACAGGCCCGCCCAGAGGAUGCGGGACCAGCAUCGGCUCCAUAUACUACAACCUGUGUGACCUGGCGGCCGCAUGGGGGGUGGUGGUGGAGGCCGUCGCCGCCGGCGGCGUGCUGACCUCCUUCGUGCUGUUUGUCAUCCUCAUGGCCUGCCUGCCCUUGGUGACGGACAAGGAGAGAAAAGGCACGGUGGCCCUGCAGGCCGGCGUUCUCAUUUCCACCCUGGGACUCUUUGGGCUAGCCUUCGCCUUCGUGGUGGGCCGUGACUCCACCAGCUGCGUGGCACGGAGGUUCCUCUUUGGCGUCCUGUUCUCGGGGUGCCUGGCCUGCCUGGUGAUGCACGGGCUCUGGCUCGUCUUGCUGCGGAGGCGUGGCUGGGGCCCCGGGAGCUGGAUGCUGUGCCUGGGGGCGCUCGGGCUCAUGUUAGUGGAGGUCAUCAUCAACACCGAGUGGCUCCUCAUCACCGUGGUCCGGAACCCCCCAAGCGGUACGGACGCUUCCGAGCUGUCCUGCGACUUUGCCAACCAGGACUUUGUCAUGGCGCUGAUCUACGUGAUGGUUCUGCUACUCGCCGCCGUUCUGAUGUCCGUGCCCUCGCUGACGCACAGGCACAAGCAGUGGCGCCGAGACGCGGCUUUCAUCCUGGUCUCCGGCCUCUUCACCGUGGCCAUCUGGAUGGCUUGGAUCACCAUGUACGUCGGCGGGAACCGAGCGCUGGGAGACGCGAGCUGGGACGAUCCCACCCUGGCUGUAGCCGUGGUGGCCAAUGCGUGGGUGUUCCUACUCCUGUACGCCAUCCCGGAGAUUUGCUUACUGACACAGCGGGAUCCGGACCUGGAGCCCCCCCAUGAUGGCGACCACAUCUACCCUUCCAGGAGCUUGGUGUUCGACAACAUUCACAAGGAGCCGGAGCCACACCGCCAGACUGUGUACAUGGAAAAUAAAGCCUUCACAAUGGAGGAACCUCCAACAGUGCCAUCAAAGCCUGUGUCACCAUACGGUGCUUAUAACGGUCAACUGCGAAGCUGUGUGUACCAGCCCACUGAAAUCGCCCUGAUCGCAAAAGGUCUGACCAAGAUGGACCAGGACACGAUGAUGCGCCGCGCUUCGGCCUCUUCUUUGAACGCUGGCGGAAGCAGCAGAAGCUCCCUGGAUCACUCGUUGGGCUCUUUGGCCUCUUAGCAACCAUAUCUGACGCACGCAGUUCACAGAAGCCUGCCCGC